GUUUGCAAGUUCAAGAUUUGCCAAAGAGAAGAAAGGAAAGGAUGCCAUUGAUAUCAUUUUAGAUAAACAAUUUUGAAAGAAUUGCUUCAUCAUUGUUAAGAUUGUUGAGCCACUUAUGCGUCUCUUGCGUAUUGUUGAUGGAGAUGAGAAACUGUCUGUGGGAUAUGUUUAUGAAGGCAUGUAUAGGGCAAUCAAAGGUAUUAAAGAUAUUUUCAAGAAAAAUAAGAGGUUGUAUAGGCCUUACACAACAAUCAUUAAAACUCGUUGGGAUAAUCAAUUGCGAAAGAAUAUACAUGCGGCUGCUUAUUGGUUGAACCCAACUUUUCAAUAUGAUCAAGCUUCAUUUUGCCAAAAGCCAGAGGUUAUGAAUAGUGUACUUGAUGUGAUUGAAACUAAAGCCACAUCAAGUAAAGCGAAGCUCAUGAAUGAACUUAGAUUGUUUCGAGAUCGACAAGACAGUUUUGGAAGAGAGCUUGCCAUUAUUACAUCAAAGAAAACACAACCUGAUGAAUGGUGGAAGAUGUUUGGACACAGUGCUCCAAAUUUGCAAAAGUUAGCCAUUCGAAUUCUUAGUCAAACUAGCAGCUCUUCUGGGUGUGAAAGGAAUUGGAGCGUCUUUGAACGCAUACAUACAAAGAAGAGGAAUAGACUAGAACAUCAUAGGCAUAAUGAUCUUGUGUGUGUUCAUUACAACUUGCGAUUGAAGAAUAGGAAGUAUUACAAAACAAGGAAUUAUGAUCCCAUUGACAUUGAAAGCAUUGACAAAACCGAGUUUUGGAUUAUUGAAGAAGAAAGACUAGAACAAGAGGAGCCUCCAUUGCUUGAUUAUGAUGAGCUCGAAAAAAUGCUUUAUAAAGAAGAUGAGCCUCCACGAUAUAAGAAAAUCCAAGAGCAAAUUCGAAAGAGAAGUUUAAAAUUCCUAGCUAAGGCAGAAAAGGCUAUGGGGAUUGACACUAAUCCGUUCCCAAAAAUUGGAGAAGUGACAGCCAAUAUAAUUGUGCCAGACUUUCAAAACUUAUCCUUGAAGGAAUUGGAAAAGGUCAAUGUGCAAAAGCAUGUUGCCAGCCAGACUACUAUCAAGAAAGAUGCUAGAAGUUUACCAGCUGUUGAACAAGGCUUUGCAGGCCAGAAGGAAGACUCUGAUAAAGAGGCACUGGAUGAUGAUUCUUUAGAGGUAGCUGGUCAUGCAAAAAAUGUGUCCCAGGUGUAG